UUCACAUCCAUUCAUGUCCUUCACAGGACACCAUUCCUCAUGGAUGCCCUCGAUUUCUUCCCUCACAAGAGUAAAGAAACCCAAGAUGAUGAUGAUGAAGAUGAUGAUAAUGAUAAUGAUAAUGACAUUCAUCAUCGUCAAACCCUCGACUUUCAUGUAGAUACCAGUUUGGAUCUCCUUACCAAGAACACGGGUGGCAACAGAUCAGUUGAAGAAAGUGAUGCUUUGGAAACUAUGGAUGAAAAGAGGUUUGUAGCUUUGGUAACUGAAUUGCAUCAAGUGAAUGCUGAAAAUCAAAGAUUAAGAGAGUUGAUCGAUCAGAUGAACAAUAACAGCAACGCCGUACGCAUGCAACUUAUCAAGAUAACGCAGAAGCAGCAUAACCUACGGAAGAAUGGAGUGGAUGGAGAGAAAGAAGAGAUGGUUCCGAGGUCAUUUUUAGACAUUGGUGUGGCUGAAAAGGAUGAGGCUUCGCAGCAACCCUCAGAGGAAAAACUCAGAGAGAGCAAAAGCGUGGUUGAUUUGAUGCAUCGGUGUAAGGGUAAUGAGAAAGAUGUUGAAGAUAAGUUGGAUUGUGGAAGGGAAAGCUCAAAAGCUAGAAUGGAAGGUGACCAAGAACUUUCUAACAAAGUUCCUAAAUUGGAUCAAAAUUCAGAAACCUUGUCAAUGAUCAAGAAAGCCCGUGUGUCAGUUCGUGCAAGAUCAGACUCCACAAUGUGCUCACCCUUCUUCACAUCCAUUCAUGUCCUUCACAGGACACCAUUCCUCAUGGAUGCCCUCGAUUUCUUCCCUCACAAGAGUAAAGAAACCCAAGAUGAUGAUGAUGAAGAUGAUGAUAAUGAUAAUGAUAAUGACAUUCAUCAUCGUCAAACCCUCGACUUUCAUGUAGAUACCAGUUUGGAUCUCCUUACCAAGAACACGGGUGGCAACAGAUCAGUUGAAGAAAGUGAUGCUUUGGAAACUAUGGAUGAAAAGAGGUUUGUAGCUUUGGUAACUGAAUUGCAUCAAGUGAAUGCUGAAAAUCAAAGAUUAAGAGAGUUGAUCGAUCAGAUGAACAAUAACAGCAACGCCGUACGCAUGCAACUUAUCAAGAUAACGCAGAAGCAGCAUAACCUACGGAAGAAUGGAGUGGAUGGAGAGAAAGAAGAGAUGGUUCCGAGGUCAUUUUUAGACAUUGGUGUGGCUGAAAAGGAUGAGGCUUCGCAGCAACCCUCAGAGGAAAAACUCAGAGAGAGCAAAAGCGUGGUUGAUUUGAUGCAUCGGUGUAAGGGUAAUGAGAAAGAUGUUGAAGAUAAGUUGGAUUGUGGAAGGGAAAGCUCAAAAGCUAGAAUGGAAGGUGACCAAGAACUUUCUAAAAAAGUUCCUAAAUUGGAUCAAAAUUCAGAAACCUUGUCAAUGAUCAAGAAAGCCCGUGUGUCAGUUCGAGCAAGAUCAGACUCCACAAUGAUUGCAGAUGGAUGCCAAUGGCGAAAGUAUGGGCAGAAGAUGGCAAAAGGGAAUCCAUGUCCAAGGGCCUAUUAUCGUUGCACAAUGAGUACAGGCUGCCCAGUGCGUAAACAAGUACAAAGGUGUGCAGAAGAUCGAAGUGUGUUGAUCACUACAUAUGAAGGACAGCAUAACCAUCCACUUCCUCCCACAGCUCAGGCAAUGGCCUCAACCACAUCUGCAGCUGCUUCAAUGCUUCUUUCUGGAUCAAUGCCAAGCUCAGAUGGCCUAAUCAAUCCAACCAUUUUGGAAAAUGCUUCACUUCCAUGCUCUCAAAACAUGGCAACUCUCUCUGCCUCAGCUCCAUUUCCCACCAUCACUCUCGAUCUCACUCAAAAUCCUACCAAUUCCUCACACCACCAAAGGGAUCCACACAACCAACUUAGCCUCCUUUCUCCCCUUUUGGCUCAGAAGUUCAUGUCAGUUCCAAAAUUAUUCGGACACUCACUGUGUGAUCAAACUAAGCUUGCUGGCUUACAUGAAUCUCAGGGAAUGGACGCUGCAGCUCCAUCGUUUGCUAACUCACUGAAUGCAGCAACUGCUGCUAUCACUGCAGACCCCAAUUUCACUGCUGCACUUGUGGCAGCCAUAACAUCUGUCAUGGGAAGUUCACAUUCAAACACCAGUGGUACCAGUAAUACCACUGGCGAUCACCACUGCAAUAAUAAUGCAUGAGACCUUCGGAAAUUGGUUUAGUUCAUGUUUUCUUUCUUAUUCAAGAUAGUUAUAGAUUUUUUUAGUUGGUUCAUUUCAUGCAUGCCAAGGAUCUUAAUCUCUAUAUUAUAGUCUUCUUUAUUUGAAAUUGUUAUCUUAAUAAUGCAUUCUGUUUUUAAUGCUUUUGAUAUGGCCAAUAGAAUAAAAAUUGUUUUUUUUUUCAUGUGU